CACUACCAAACUUGAUUCCUUCUUUCUCACUAUUUCUAUUCUCUUUGAUUCCAAAACUUUAGUUUCACCUCUCCCAAAUGGCACCUACAACAGCCAACGUUGCCGACGAUGCUAAAGUAGCAAGCAUCAAGACACUUACCGGCACCGAACUCAACGCCGUACCGUCGGAGUACACCUAUGUCAAGAAUCCCAACGAUCAAGGUGAUGCAAGCGCCCCAGAACACUCAAUCCCCACCAUCGAUUUCGCCCAUCUCACCUCAAGCUCCCCUGAACUCCGGUCCAAAGCCAUUGAAGAGCUAGGCAGAGCUUGUCAGGAAUGGGGCUUCUUUCAGGUGAUCAACCAUGGUGUACCUGAGAGCCUGAUGAAAUCAAUGAUCGAGGCGUGCCACAAGUUUUUUGAACUUCCUGAGGAGGAGAAGAAGGAGUUCCAAUCAAGGAAGCUGUUGGAGCCAAUCAAGUGCGGGACAAGCUUUAACGUUGCCAUCGACAAAGUUCGUCUGUGGAGGGAUUACCUCAAGGUGAUAGCACACCCCGAGUUCCAUGCACUCCACAAGCCCGCCGAGUACAGCGACGUUUCAUUUGAGUUCAGCAAACAAACUCGACAGGUUGCUACUGAGUUGUUGAGUGGAAUAUCAGAGAGCUUGGGGUUGGAGGCUGAGUACAUAGCCAAGGCCAUGAACUGGGACCGUGGCAUGCAAAUUCUCGCCGCUAACUACUAUCCGGCGUGUCCGCAGCCCGACCUAGCCAUCGGAAUCCCUCCUCACACCGAUCACGGACUUGUGACUCUUCUUAUUCAGAAUGACAUGGGAGGCCUUGAAGUUCAGCACAAUGGCCAAUGGGUCCUUGUUGAUUGUGCUCCGGGUUCUUUUGUUGUUAACAUCGGUGAUCAAAUGCAGAUCUUGACUAAUGAUAAGUAUAAGAGCGUCUGGCAUCGGGCUGUUGUGAACAACAGAGCUACAAGGAUCUCCAUAGCUGUACCACAUGGACCUGCACUUGACACUGCUGCUCUUCCAAUCCCGGAGUUGUUGGGCGGUGAAGCACCAAAAUACAUCGGAAUGUCAUACGAAGAGUUCAUGGAACUUCAGGCCAGUCCGGCGGCGUACAUGAUGCCUUGUUUAGAUCACCUGCGAGUCAAGGCCGAGUGAACCAAGUUAAUGGAGACUACUUCGACGUUUUAAAUAUCUUCUGGGUGGAAAGAUAUAUAUCUUUCUCUGUCAUUCAUAUUAUUCAUGUUUCUAUUCAUAGUACGUACGUAUUUCAAUAGUGUAUGGGGCUAGAGGCACAUGUAUCUUGUACGAGAGUGAGAUUUCAAUUAUUUCAAGUUUGCCGACCACAUGUAACACGAAUUCCGAGUUAAUUAUAUACUUGUAUCUUUGCGUCU